GAUAAGAUCACAAGUUAAGAUAAAUAGUUUUUCUUAACUUUUGGUCAUGAUUUUUAAGAUAUUUAUUACUUUUUUCUUAUAUUGGAUCUAUUUAGUUAGAGUAAGAUGUGAAACGGAGCCAGUAGACUUUGAAAAUAAUGAUUAUUAUCUUUUUCAUUUCUCGGAUGAUGUUGAUAUUGAGGAGUUUUCAAGGGUUUUGGGAUUCAAAUAUCAUGAAAAAGUGGGACAUUUGAAAAACCAUCAUAUAUUUUCUAUAGAAAAGAGUAUUUAUGGAGAUGGAGUUAGAGAUAAAAUUGAAGAUUAUUUUGGUUUAGAAAGAGGAAGAAAUGUAUUAGAUGGACUUAAUAGUGACAAGAUUUUUUAUUAUGAGAAACAAGAAUUAAUAAAGCAUGAAAAGAGGGGUGUGAUUAGAGACGAUAUAUAUUUUGAUAAUCAAGGUCUUUAUAAUGACAGAGUUGUCAAGAAUGUUGUAAAAGAUUCGACGGGAGAUCAGGCGGUAAAUCUAACACAGAAGUUAGAGGAAAUUAAAAAAAAAUUAGAUAUAAAGGACCCUUUUUUUGAUAAACAAUGGUAUUUGUUUAAUACGAAAAAACCUGGUGUAGAUAUAAAUGUUACAGGUCUUUGGUUAGAAGGGAUAAAGGGAAAAGGUGUAACGGUUGCCAUUGUAGAUGAUGGCUUAGAUCAUAUUAACAAGGAUUUGUUUCCAAAUUAUAAUUCACAGGGUUCAUUUGAUUUUGAAUCUAAUGAUUCCGACCCAACACCUAGAUCUUCUGACACGCAUGGUACUAGAUGUGCAGGAGAAGUGGCAGCCGCUAAGAAUGAUUUUUGUGGGAUUGGUGUUGCAUAUGAAUCUAAAAUUUCAGGAAUACGAUUUUUGUCUACAUCUUUUAGGUUUAUGGCUGAAUCAAAUUCUCUUAGUUAUAAACCUGAUAUUAAUUAUAUUUAUUCUUGUAGUUGGGGACCUUCUGAUAGUGGAAAUACAUCCGGACCCAUUCCUUAUCUUUCAUAUUCUAGUAUUAUUGAAAUGUUAAAUCAAGGAAGGAACGGUCUUGGUUCUAUAUAUGUUUUUGGAUCAGGAAAUGGUGGGCCUUCUGAUGAUUGUAAUUACGAUGGAUAUGCAAAUAGUCCAUAUACUAUUACUAUCGGUGCUAUAGAUGCAGAUGAAGAAAUAUUUUAUUUUUCAGAGCCAUGUCCUUGCAUUUUGGCUUCUACGUAUUCUGGCAAGCGUGGUGCAUACAUUCAUACUACGGAUGUUGGUUUAGCAGGAUGCACCUUUAAGCAUUCUGGAACUUCUGCUUCUGUACCGAUUGCUGCGGGCAUUAUUGCUCUUGUUCUUUCAGUGAAUCCUAAUCUUACAUGGCAUGAUAUUCACGCUUUGAUUGUGGAGACAGCUAUUCCAUUUAAUUUGAAAUAUCCUGGAUGGCAUAAACUUUCUUCUGGACGUUAUUAUCAUAAUUAUUUUGGUUUUGGUAAACUAAAUGCAUAUGCAAUGGUCGAAAAAGCAAAAACAUUUCAAAAAUUGAAUCCUCAAACAAUGUUUUCAACUCAUCUAAUACCAGUUAAUAAGAAAUUUUCAGAAAACAAUGGACAUAUUAGAAGUAGUUUUUAUAUUCAUCGUGGAAUUCCUGAUCAUUAUAACUUCAAGAAAUUGGAAUAUGUUUCUGUUUCAUUUAAUUAUACGCACGAAAGAAGAGGUAAUCUGGUGUUUAGUAUUACUAGUCCUGCUGGAGUUACUUCACAAUUAGCACAUAGACGUCCUCGUGAUGAAAAAGGUGGCAAUUUUAGUUGGACUUUUACGACUGUAAAGCAUUGGGGAGAAGGUAUUGUAGGUUACUGGACUAUCGAUGUUGAAGAUGAAAAGGAUUCGAAUCUAGAUGGUAAAGUUUUUGAUUGGCAACUUCAUUUUUUUGGAGAGUCUUCUGAUGCAGAAAAAGCAAAGCCUCUUUCAUAUCCUUUUCUAUAUAGAUAUCCAACUACUUCGCUUCCGCCAAAUCCUGAUUCUACGACUCCAGCACCUCCAAGUUUUACAAUUUCAUCAAUACCACAUCCUGAUGCUCCACCAGAACCAACUCCGACGAAGCCAACUGAUUCUUCUACAUCUUCAGCAUCAAAACCAUCACCACCAGCACCGCCACGACCACCACCUGUACCACAACCACAGCCUCAACCACAACCACAGCCUCAGCCACAGCCUCAACCACAACCACAACCCCAACCAGAACCAGAACCAAAACCAACAUCAGUAACUUCAUCUGCAUCUAAGACUUCAAGCAAAACUAAAACAACCACUCAAAAAGCUUCAUCUACUAAAACUUCAUCUACUACAAAAACUUCUACACGGCCAUCUCCUACUAAGGGUACUUCUACUGCAUCAGGAUUUUCAAGAAAACGGACAUCUCACUGUGAUAUACUUUUUAUGACUGAAGCUUUUAAUGAUGAUUCUGAUCUAAAUAUAUCUCAAGAAACUGAAAAGGUUGCUAUUUUGAAAAGACCUGUUAAUUCAUUCAAUAUUAGUGAUACCGGUGAUUUUGAUCUACAUGAGCAACGUGCUCUUUAA